UCAAGGCCGCGGGGUUUGGUUGCACACAGGCUGCAGUUUCAGUUUGUUUUAUUCACCAUUUUGAGUAGCUGAAGGUAAAAAAUUAAGAAUAUUUGCAUUUGGAGGACAAGUCGCUGCCGUACUUUUAUUUUCACGCGCUAGCUCGGACGGCGGAGUUGUGCGCCAACCUCGCGCCCCCUCGGUGUUUUGCAGAGCGGGAAUCUAUAUUUCUUUUUUUCCCUGUGCUUUUUCUUCUCCCCCCUUUGUUACAUCCUUAACCUCUACAGUAUUCCUGCAAAAUGUCAAGACCAGUGAGGAACAGGAAGGUGGUGAACUACUCACAAUUCAACGAGUCUGAUGAUGCAGAUGAGGAGUAUGGUGAGAACAAGCCUAAGAAGGUGCGCGCACCCCCUCGUGAGCCCAAGCACAAGCGCUCAAAGAACUCACAGGAUGACAGUGAGGAGUCUGAUGACAAGCUCUCUAAACCCAAAAAUGAUUCAGCAGAUGACUUUGGCAGCGAUGAGGAAGACAAUGACUUCGGAGAGGAGGAGGAUGAAGACGGAGGAAGCGACUAUGAAGAAAAAAAAGGCAAAAAGGGAAAGAAAGCCAAGGUGGAGAAGCCCAGUAAGAGGGGGCCCAAGAGAAAACGGGCUGCAGAUGACAGCGAUGAUGACAGGGAAGUGAGUAGAAAGCGUACAGUGCGCCAGGCGGCCUCUAAGGCUGUGUCCAAACAGAGGGAGAUCCUGCUGGGUGAUGGAGGCAGCGAGGAUGAGGAGCACGAAGACCAGGAGGAACCCUAUAUGGACCCCGACGAGUCCGGCAGCGAUGAGGACUUCAUGGUGGAGGAUGAUGAUGACAGUGACUAUGGUCGCUCCAAGAAGAGAGGCAAGAAGGUGAUUCGACGGGGACGGACGGACAAGAAGGAGAAGAAGAGCCCCAAGCCCCGACUAAAGGCCACAGUGACCCCCAGUCCAAUGAAAGGAAAGGGGAAGGGGCGCCCGAGCGCCAAGGCCCUGGAGAAGAGCUCACCCAAAGAGGAGGAAGAGGAGGAGCCCGAGAGCCCCCUGGAGGAAGAAGAGGAGGAGGUAGAGAAGAAAGAGACCUCCCCCGCCCCCAAGACGACAAAGGAGGCUGCAGGAGGAGAGGAGGAGGAAGAAGAUGAAGAGGAGGAGGAUGGCUCGGAAGAGGAGGCGCCCUCUGGAGAAGACUAGAAGAUGGUACCCGCUGAAGCCCAUCCUCCAUGUCUCUUUCUCUGUCUCUUCUCAAACUUUUGUUUUCUUUUGUUGCUCUGCGUUAGAGGUUUUUUUUUUUUUGUUUGUUUUUUUGUUUCUUUUUUGUUUUUUGUUUCUUCUCCUGGCGGCCUGGCUCAAUGGUUUGGACUUGGUGUGCAUUUUCUUGUUUUGCUUCUCCCCUCUCUCAAACUAAGACAUUGUGCUCAUGUGAUCAUGUGGUGUAUGUGAGGAGUCCCAGCAUUCAGCCUUACCCACCCUCCAGUCUGCAUCAUCCACGCUCUGCAUUUUAGUGUGAAAAUCCACUUUCUGCCUUUUAAAGAGCUCCGUCCUGAGUGAGAACAAACUGAUUGACUUUGUUUUUGUGUGUUUCUUCCCCCUGGGGCUAUCACGGACCUGACGUGACUGGCCACAUACUUUUUCUACUUAACUGAUAUGUGCUGUUACUGGGAGCGUUGUUUAGUAUCAGUUGGUAAAGCGCUGUAUUUACAAAGCGACGCUGAGUCAACAUGCGCAGGGCUGAGGCCCUCACCCUCUCUUUGGUACUUAGUGCUUUUAAACAGCGUGUUUUAACAGGGCAGCGAUAGUUAGUGAGUUGUUUUAAAAUUCUUCAGACUGUCCUUUGAGUUAAAGCUGCAGUCAGUGAUUCUCAUCACUACACACUUUAUGUUAAACCGGGAAUAUAUCCUCAAGUUCCACGAGCUGUCUGUUGGUGUGAGAGCUGAAAGAAGUCCAGUAUUCACACACAGCCCUGCUAUAACACUACUCCAGCCAAUCAGCAGCAGAGGACGGAGGACACGCCUCCCUCUGGGUGUAAACAGAGUGGGAGGAGAGGAACCAUUAAUGUGGCACAUGACAGGAGCAGUGUAUUUGUUUGGAUGUUGAAUUCAGAUAUUCAGUCUUUCUUCAGAAUUGCUGACUCCACCUUUGAAGCAGUUUAUUUUAAUUUAAAGCUCCAGUGUGUGAGAUUUAGGGGCAUUUAUUGUCAGAAAUGGAAAAUCAUUUGAUAAGUCUGUUUUCUUUCAUGUAUAAUCAGCUGAAAAUAGCAAUGAAUGUGUUCUCUUUACCUUAGAGUGGGCCGUUUGUAUCUACAUAGGGAGCAGGUCCUCCUUUAUGGAGAUUGCCAUGUUUCUACAGUAGCCCAGAACAGACAAACCAAACCCUGGUGACAAAUAGGGACAUUUGUGUUUUUGCAUCGGCCACUGUAGUAAGAAGCCCGACUACAAUGACCAGCCCUGGAGUUCCACUGUUUGUAACGUGAAAGUGCUUCAGUGUUUUUACUGGUUUAAAUCACUUGGUCUGUUUGUUUUAGAGAAGAGGAGACCUCUGUGGAUAAUUCAGCUUCCAGUGAAAACCUCCUGAGCGUCUGGAUCUUACGUUGUCGGAGAAAAAAGGUGACUUCACAUGUUAAACUACGUCAGAAAAACAUGGAUCUUAGAGUUAAAACUGCAUUAUUUGGUGUUAGAUCGGUUUAAAUCACCAGGUGCGUUUGUUUUUGAGAGAAAGAGACCUCUGCAGACAAUUCGUCUCACUGUAAAAACCUCCUGAAUGUCUGGAUCAGAGAAAGGUGAGCACACAUUAAGUUGUGAGAGAAAAGGGCUGAGCAUGUUUUGGGCAGCAGCCCGUCACCGAUAUGCCAAACCAAGGCAGAUGUUGACUGAUUUUGUGUCAUGAAAGUGCUUUAUUCGUUGUUUCUAGCUGUUUGAAUGGUCUGGUUUGUUUGUUUUGGAGAGGAGGAGACCUCUGUGGAUAAUUCAGCUCCCGAUAAAAAACACCUGAAUAAUGAAAAUGAAGCAGUUCUAGCUGGGACAAGUUUUAGAUGCUUGUAAUCUGCAAAUCACCGUGAGACUCCACAAAAUCCCCCUUAAUUUUACACACAACACCUUCAAUGUUUUAACACACACACACUGUGCUUGUGCCGGUGCCCUGAUUUUUUGCCGUGUGGCUGUUGCUUCGUACAUCAGUUUGAACUGUUAGCGGUGUGUUCUGCAGAAUGCCAGACUGCCACGGUCACACCUCAGCCAGCAUGUGUGUGUUUUUAUGUAUUUGUUCUGUUGUAUGCUUGUUGGGGUACUUCCUGUACGAGGGUCUGGCUUCUCUCUCUGCAGCCCGUCUGCUGCCUCUGUUAAACGGUUUCUAUUGUGUGUUGGGCUUUCUAACACACACCACGCUACGUGAAGCAACCCCGCCCCGUUCAGUACACAUGACCCCGCCCUCCGCAUGGCUGCAACCGCUUCUCAGCUUUCAACCCCUUGUGCCAGGCACCCCUAAAUCUUUUUGUUUUGUUUUUGUUUUUAAGAAAUGCAAGAAGAGAUGUUUCCUUUUUUCUUUUGGAAGUUAAAAGAAAAUGAAUGUUGUUUUUUCUCCUGUUGGUUCAUUGUUCUAAUUCUCUAUUCAGAUUUUUUUUGUAAUGUUUGUUUUUUAAGAAAAGAAAUAAAAUGUAUCUUGAUUUUAAAGAAAAAAA